UACGUUCCAUUCGAUACCGACGCAGACUUCAGCUCGGUCGCCAUUUGCGCCACGAGACGGGAAAGAUUGCUGGCAAGAACUUUUUCUGUGAAAAUAUAGGUUAUUGUGAUUAUUUAGUUGUUAUCCGUGCGUAAAACAUUCAAAAUCAGCAAUAAAACCUGUGUUAUAAGUUUGUUCUUCGUCAAAACACAGGAAGUGCGUCGAAUAUAUCGUGGUGCGCCGGCGAUGGUAACAAUCACGUCGAACGUACAACGCGAACCUAACAGUGCCUGAAUAAGUGUUGAAAAAUUAAAAAAUUAAAAAAUAUUUUUUUUACUCGUACACGCGUGAACAUUUAAUGGUGACAGUAUGAAGAUCCCAGAGACAUCGGCAAACGUUGGUGCUUACUAUGGUAACGAGGAGAAUGGACAGUGGCAGCAGCCCAACGGCGUGAUAAUGGAUUCCGGCGUGGGCGGCGGCGUGGUGGGCGCCGGCGACGCGGGCGUUCAGCGGCCACCCCUCUACCCCGUACAUGUGCCGAGGUCGCAUAUACCCGGCUACGUGAUGGCCGGCGCGUAUUACCCCCCGGCGCCCUACGCGGCGCCGGCGACGCCCGACGACUUCGCCGACUACAUGUGGAUGGAGAACGAGGAGGAGUUUGAUAAACAGGUGAUGCAACAGUUGGAGGAGGAGGCGUUGAUGGAGCAGUGUAUAGAGGCGAUGUUGGAGGACGAGCAGAGGGAGAGGCGCAGGCCGAACGGGCACCAUCAGUAUCCCACAACCAGCAACGGUGCUUCAUCGCUGUCCCUCGAGGAGACCGUGUCCCGGUCUCGCCUCAACCCCCUCGCCGCCGAGUUUAUUCCCACGGCCGCCGUCACUAGGACGGUUACAGAAGAGAAACGAGACACGCCGGAGACUCCGAGCACGGAGUCCCAGCAGUCGGAGCAGGAGGAACAGAAACCCGAGGAGGCUGAACAGCUCACAGACACACACACAGACCCGCAGAUAGAACCCACGCCGCCCCCCACGGACCCGCCGGAAGUGUCCGCGGCGGACGUUCAGACAGACGACAAGCGGAAAGACAAACACAACAAGAGAUCUGAGCCGAAGAGAGCGGUCAGAGACAACAAGGCUAAAGGGAAGGCCGCGCAAGUUAAAGAGGCGACUAAGGUCGGGAAGAAGGAGGAGAGGCGAGAGGGGAGGGUGGGCAACAGCGGGGAUGACAGCGAUGGGGAUGUUCAGCCCCAACCGGCCCCAGUAGAAGAGCAAACCGGCCCCAAACCCAUAAACUACGCGGCGGCCGCCAAAGCGAACAAACCCAAAAAGCCCAGCACGCCGCCCGCCGCGGAGAAGACGUCGCCCGUCCCCACCGCUGGCACCAAAAUUGACAAGAAGAAGGUCGACAAACCCGUGCAGAGGAAGAAUUCGGCCAAGUGAAAGAGAUAGAACGAUUGUAAGUUUGUAAAAAGGAUAGGGACGGAAUGAGUGUUGGGUUUUUUUAUCUGCCGAUUGUUUUUGUGUUUCGAAUUGUUUUUAAUGGAAGCCGUAGUUUUUUUAGCGAUGUAGGUAUAAUCGAAUGAUAUAAACUGGAUUCACAGAUGAUUUGUUGGAUUUAAAAUAUUAUCGCGUCUGUGUUCUAGACAGAGCCUGAAUAUUUAAACUGUAGCGGUUUGAUCAGUGAAUAGUCUGUAUUUUUAAUUUUUUUUGGUCGAAAUGUGGUAAUAUAAUUGUAUAGGAAAUUGGGAUGAAUGAUGAUCAAAGUUUAAGAUAAAAUUACAAUUGCAAUUUUAAAAUAAUUUUUUUCGUGAAUGAUAAAUAAAUGUCACUGAUUGUAUUUUGAAAAAAAAAAAGAAUGAGAAUAGAAAAUUUGAUAAUUACUUGUAUAAGUAACGAAAUUUAAUGAUUUAUCUAUGGCCAUGUCGACCACAUAAAUGAUUUUUUUUUAAUACUUAGCGUGCAAAUUCUACUAGCUUCGCGGCCACACGUGAUAAUCUAUACUAUAAUAUUAUAAAGCUGACGAGUUUGUUUGUUUGUUUGAACGCGCUAAUAUCGGGAACUACUGGUUCUAAUUGAAAAAAUAUUUUUGUGUGCAGUAGACCAUUUAUCGAGGAAGUCUUUAGGCUAUUUACCAUCACGCUACAACUAUAAGGAGGAAAGAAAUAAUAGCAAUUGUAAAAAAAACGGGGAAAAUUAUUCCUCCUUGAGGGCCUCAAUGAUGCCCAAAAUAAAUGUACCACGCGGACGAAGUCGCGUGCGCAGCUAGUAAUAACAUAUUUGUGAAACUGAAAAAAUCGGCAGUUAAAAAAAAUCAACAGUGAAAAAAAAAACGUGAGCGAUCGAACGUCGACGCUUUAAGCGGUUUUUUUUUUGGAUAACCGUAGAUCAUAUUUCUACGAUGUCUUGUGUCGUUUGCGCAUGUUUUCAAUUGUGAAAUAGCACGUUUUAUUCAUAAAUAAUAACAAUAUUGUCACGUUUAUAAAUCGCAUUGUACGACGGCGCGGAAUAUCGCAUUAAAGCAACCUACCGCCUACCGAAUUGAACCGGAUAAUAACUCAGCAGAAUAACAACCUUAUUUACAUAACACAACUAUAUAUCAAGUGAUAUAGCCCAAACGACACGAAAAACUAACUGCGUAUAAGGUUUACAUACAAGCCGCGGCGGUCCUAGGUACGAAUGCCAUUUCGAAUAAUUGAAUAGUUACUAAAUAAAAUGUUCGGACAAAAAUAAAAUAAAAAUACACUAAUUCAUACAUAGUUUACGUCUUUACCCCUUACGGGACAGACAGAGUUGCAAAGUUCACGCUCGAUUUAGUAACUUGCAUAAUGGAAUGGAUUUAGUAACUUGCAUUCAGUUAUAUGAGAAGUAUUUUUUUUAAAUAAAUUAUUUCAAUCUCUAACCUUGAUGUUGUAGUAAUAUAUGGCAGUUGUACCUAGGUUUUGUAUAGUAAAUGUAUAUGUUUAAAAUUAUAAUUAUGAUAAAUUUAGUAUAUAUGUGAUAUUGACAUUAAGCAUUUUUUUUAAAGUUCUAAUGAAUAAAAAAAGUAAAAAAAAAGCUGUAUAAAAAUCUAAUUUUAAAAAUAGUAUUACGUUAGUGUUCACGGCUGGGUAGUGUAGGUUUUUUUUUAUAAAUAAGGAUUUUGAGAGAGUCAUUAACUAAAAAUUCUUUCGAAGGUAUGUUAUGCAACAGAGAUAAUCUUUUGGGGAAGUUAUGGGGGGCUAUUUUUAAUAGGGAAUUUAAGAAUGCUUUGAAAAUCUAUUAAAAUGGUCACUUGUUAUUUAUAUAUUCAGUGUGAUUUUAAGUUGUUUAAACAGUUACAAUUAUAACUUUAAGGCAAAAUUGUAGGUUUUAAAUGUUGACAAUAUUUUAUCUAUAAUUUUUUGUGCUGUAUUUUAAUAGUUUUUUUUUUGGAUUAAAUUUAAGGCCCAGUCUGUGAAGUUUAGAUAACAGAUUCAGUGACACAAAAAUACAAUGAUAAUAAAAUAAAAUAAAUAAUUUGAUCUGUAUUAAUAAAUAUAAGAAAACUGCCUAAAAUAUUUAACGUGCACUAGGAAAAUGUUCUUUUGUAAUAAUAAUAAUAAAAAAAAAAACGAAAAAAAUAUUGUUUUUUGUGUCACUGGAUUUCAUUAAGGAGUAAGCCGUAUGGCAGUCCAUUAUAA